UCCCAUCGUGUCCACACUUUGACAAGUCAGAAGCACGGCGUGGUAACAAGGAAGAAAAGAGAGGGUCUGGCAUCACCCAGCUUCCCUGCAUUUUAAUUGUCCACUGCAUUCAUCUCUCAAGCUAACUAGCCAUGAAGGGGAACACUUCGUCUUCUCGCUUGUUCUAUUGUGUUUUGCUUUUCUCAACAGGUCUUUUAUUAUUGCCUCGAUCAAGCCAGCAAACGCAUCGAAAAGAUCUUCCAAUGUGCAAAGAGUCAGAUUACUACUAUGAAUACACAGAAUGUGACAAUCUGGGCUCAAGAUGGAGAGUAGCUGUGCCUCACACUCCAGGGACCUGCAUAGGACUGCCAGACCCAGUCAAGGGCACAGAGUGCUCAUUUUCCUGUGGAGCUGGUCAGUUCUUAGACAUGAGGAACCAAUCAUGCAAAGAAUGUGUUGCUGGUACUUACUCUCUCGGCACUGGCAUUGAAUUCAAUGAGUGGGAUGGGCUGCCAUCAGGAUUUGUCAACACGGGGACAGCUUUAGAGUCUUCAGACAACGAGUUAACUGAGAAUUGCACCAUGUCAAAAUGGACACUUAAAGGUGAUUUCAUAGCAUCUAACAGCGAUGAGUGCACAGCGACUCUGAUGUAUGCGGUGAAUCUGAAACAAUCAGGCAGCAUCUCGUUUGAAUAUCAGUAUCCAGACACCAACAUAUACUUUGAAUUUUUUGUUCAGAAUGAUCAGUGUCAAGCAAUGGAUGAUGACUCAAAAUGGAUAAGAAGAACAGAAAGAUAUGAAUGGGACCAUCAUACAGUACAUUUGAAUCGUGGCAAUAAUGUCUUGUACUGGCGGACAACAGGGUUUUCAAUGAGUACGAAAGUGCUAAAGCCUGCUCUCAUCAGAAACAUCUUUAUCACAGGAGUGGCCUAUACGUCGGAAUGUUUUCCUUGUAAACCAGGUACAUUCAAUGCAAAACCUGGAUCCUCCCAUUGUGACUUAUGUCCAAGAAACACCUAUUCUCCAAGAGGAGCGACUUCAUGUGUAAACUGUGAUAAAGAUCAAUACUCAGAGCACGGUUCAGGGACAUGCAAACCACAACCUCCAUGUUCCAACAAGGACUACUUCUCUACACAUACAGCAUGUGAUUCUGAAGGAAAGACUCAGAUUAUGUACAAAUGGAUUGAGCCCAAACUCUGUAGUGAAGAUCUGAAGGGAGCAGUGAAACUUCCUGCUUCAGGAGCCAAGAAAUCAUGUCAGCCUUGUAACCCGGGUUUUGUCCAAGUCAAUGGUACUCAUGACUGUCAGCCUUGUCAAUAUGGCUUUUACUCAGAUGGAUCUAGAGAAUGUACUAAGUGUCCUGUUGGAACUGAACCAGUAUUGGGAUUUGAAUACAAAUGGUGGAAUACUUUGCCAAAAAAUAUGUUCAGUUCAUGUUUCAGUGGAAUAAAUCAAGAUUGUGGAGAAACAACAGGGUGGGAGGUGGCUGGAGACCAUAUACGUAGUUCAGUGGCAAGUGCGAGCAAUAAUUACUUGAUGCUGAUGAUGCACGUUGCUGGAUUUAGGCCACCAGAGUCAACAAUAGAGAAUUUAGACAACCCAGAAGUUGCUCGGAUCACUUUUAUCUUUGAGACGGUGUGCACUGCAGACUGCGAGUUAUAUUUCUUGGUGGGACCUACUAAAGAAAGUACAAGAUCAGUGGAAGCUUGGAAUGGCUCCAGAGAAAAACAGCCAUACACGUAUAUUAUUGAAAGAAAUACAUCCCUUGCUUUCGUGUGGGCAUUCCAACGAACGACUUCAUUUGAACAGAGUCGAGUGUAUUCACCUGAUGUUGCCAAAAUUUACUCCAUCAAUGUGACCAAUGUCAUAGGAGGGGUCUCAUCAUAUUGUGUACCAUGCGCGAUGGAAUUGAACUCCUCAGGAUCAUCUUGUGUAUCAUGUGCACCAGGACAGUACAUAGACAAGGAGUCCAAUAAAUGCCUGUCAUGUCCACCAAUUACACACCUCAAAGCUCAUCAUCACUAUGGAAAGGAGUCUUGCAUCCCAUGUGGACCUGGCACCCAAAAUAAUUUGAACCACACUCUCUGUUACAACGAUUGCAAAUUUGUAUAUCACAAAGAACAUAGGACUUGGCAGUAUGACUUCAGCCUUCUCAACGACUCAACUUCGCUUACAAGUGGUCCUCAUUUCACUCCAAAAGGAGUGCGAUACUUCUACCAUUUCAAUAUUGGUCUCUGUGGAAAUCAGGGAAGGAAAUUGGCCUCUUGUGUGGAUAAUGUAACAGUUGAAAGUGCCAUCGAUCGUGAUGAAGGCUUUGCCAGAGUUGUCACAUCUUAUAUCUGCCAGUCUACACUCGUUCCAUCAGAUGUAACAGGAUUCAGGACUAUCAUGUCAUCCCAUCCCAUCAAUUUAGCAGAUCAUUUGAUAGGAGUGACCACUCAAAAAACACUGGAUAAUAUCACUGCUGUCGCUGAUCUGUUUUCUGCUGAAAAAGAUAGAAUACUACCUGAUAUAAUCUUCUUUUAUAGGUCUACUGAAUCAACACAGACUUGUAAGAAUGGGAGAGCAUCCACAGUAAGAUUGAGAUGCAGCCCUGCAAAUGUUGGCUCGGGAGUCAUUUCAGUGCCAAGAAAAUGCCUUGAAGGAACAUGUGACGGAUGUACCUUUCACUUCCUGUGGGAAACAGCAGAGGCCUGCCCUCUUUGUUCAAAGAGUGAUUACCACAAGAUAGUGGGAGCCUGUAUUAAUGGAAUUCAGAAAACUACUUAUGUGUGGUCGGAGCCAAAAUUUUGUAAAGAAGGUGUUGCAUUGCCAGAGCAAAAGGUGACAACAUGCAAGUCAGUAGACUUCUUCUUGAAGAUUGGAAUAAUCACAGGGACAUUUACAGCCUGCUUAUUAAUUGUUACAACAUGCUACUUUUAUAAGAAAAAUCAGAAGUUAGAGUACAAGUACUCCAAACUGGUGAUGAAUGCCAAUGCUAAGGAUGGUGAACUGCCAGCAGUGGAUAGCUGUGCUAUAAUGGAAGGUGAAGAUCUGGAAGAUGAUCUGAUUUUUAUGAGCAAAAAAUCAUUGUUUGGCAAGAUAAAGUCAAUUACUACUAAGAGAACACCAGAUGGUUUUGAUUGUGUCCCACUGAAAUCUUCCUCAGGAUCAGCAGACAUGGAUGUGUAACAUGAUCUUUUAUGUGCACUACUUUGUUAACUAACUCACUGAAGUGGCCUUUUUGAAACAUAUUUGAACUAAGAACAGUUUAUUUAAAAAAGUUAUCAUCAGAAUGUAAAAUAUAAAUGAGGAUCACUGUGUGAAUAGUACAAACAGUGCUUCAUGAUGGCCUUACUACUGUUUCAUUUAUGUACUAAGAUUUCAAAAGUAUAAUUUAUGUUCAAAUCAUUAAAAGGAUGGGGAUUGAUGACAAUCAUAAUUUCACAUUAUGGGACCACUUAUAAUCAAUUCUUCUUUGUCCCAGCAUCAGGAAUUAGGCAAGACUUGAUUUUCGAUCUCAGCUAUUCAUAGAAUAAUUAAACCUAAACAAUCAUCAACUUCUAGAUGUCAUGAGUACAUAUUGAAAAUACUGCACUGUCAAGUAUUUUUAAUUUGUUAAAGAAACCCAGAAGCCACCCAUGAGUCAAAUACUGUUUGGGUUUUAAAUUGAUCACAAUUUGAAUAAGAUUUAAUGACAAGAGUUGUUAACUCUCUUCCUUAGUCUUUAGCAAACCUUCUAAUGUGAACCAUCUUACCUCAGUAUGCUGGUGUGCCCCUUCUGAAUUUUAUGUGCUCUGCAUCAAUCAUUGUACAACACUGCACACGUUUGCAGUGAAACAAAACCCAAAUGCACAACAGUAGCUCUGCAGCUGCUUUAAAAUCUGAAAUACUCAGUGGUAGGUCACACCACCAGCCCCCCUGCCCCACCCCACCCCAUUUCCCAAGAGGUUUGGCUACCUCAUAAUAUAAAAUGUCUGGAGUUAAAUGAUUUUGAACAUCAGUAACCAUGCAUCAGUGAAGCUGUCAGUUGUUUUGCUGAUAUUAAGAUUUUCAGAAGGCUAGUGUUUGGUGCUGCAUAAUUCUAUUUUCAUCAUGAUAUAAAAAGAGUCCUUUCUGUUCUCAGAGUUUCUUCUCAGUGCCAUCCCCGAUGAAUUAUCCCAUUUAGGCCAUUAAUAUUGGGUUUUAUCAUUUAUUUUCUUUUCACAUUCCAAAGGCAGCUGACUUUGUAUUUCAUGUUGUCUUUGGGCACAAUAAAGGGAAAAGAGUGUAUGUUAUAAAAAUCUUGAGUUGCAGUCAUGAAGAUCCUAUUCUGAUGAUGAUCUGAUUAAAGACGCAUUGAUCUUAUGUGUCAAUUGCUAUUUAACUGUAUAGGAAUAUUUUGCACAUGGAAAUUGAUUUUUAAAGUGAGAUUUUUUAAAUUAAACAUCUUAGAUGGUCCAUUGAAUACAGCAAUUAUUGCAGUGGAAUUUUUAAGUUAAUAGGUUGCUUUUAGCCUGAUGUAACGUCUCAGACUUCCAGCUGCAAAGUGCGUCAGCAGUGGCGUACUGUUCCUGAAGGAAUUAUAUACUAAUCAGGGCGAGGUAGUGGUGAUUAUAACCAGCACAUUAUUUUCUAAUAUUAAUGGAGUUGUGUUGAGCGCAAUUCAAAUCUGCUCUUAGCAAUAUCCAAACAGCUGAAUAGUUUUGAAAAUAUUUCACCCCCAAAAGUUUGGAGUUUUGUCCCAGUGGAACUGAACUCCAGCUCUGUUGGCUUUUUGCAAUCAAGGAUAAGAUCUGAUUUUGGGGGCUGGGAGAGGACAUCCAGCCUAUCCUUACCUGCGGGCCCGUUGGUUUGCAACAGCAACACAUCAUUAGAGCUGUUAAUGUUAUUAACUGCUCAUUUAAACACAUAAAUCCAGGCCUCACUCCAUACAAUUCCUACUUUCAUUUCCUAGAAAGGCCUAACACCUGCUGCUCUCUGACUAUAGGCCCCACUGAUUUUGGACUGGAAAACUUUGCCAACUAAGAAUAGGAGCCGUAUGCUCCCAUUCACCUUCCCUCAUCUUCAACCAGUUCAAAAUUUGUUGAUGAAUCAGGCUUCAUUAGCUUUAUCAACUAUCUGCAACCUAUCAGUUUACAGUUUUUUGGUGCAAAAGGUGCAGCAAUUCAUGGAUCUGCUUAAUCGACCUUUAAGCCAUCCACUGAAGGGUGCAUCAAUCCCUGCUGGAGAGAAAAAGAACCACUGACUGUGAAUUAUAAAUCAAGGAAGCACCCAGACUCAUGGUUGUGAUUCUAGAAUCGUUCUGUAAACAGCACAUUUGCAAAGUGUGAUCCACAAAUAGAAGCUUCUCUUGAUUUAAACUCUUCAACUCUGCAACUGUUGAGAAGAUCAUGGGACCAAAGUCCAUUACUAUCAAGGAUGCCAAUAUUUUUGUGGAGUCAGGAGUUUAUGUUCUCCCAAGAGAAUCUGUGUUAGCAAAAUAAUUUACAUUCUACAAGAUUGCAAUUGCUUAAUCUUUUAGUUUGUACUUUAUGUGCCCCCUAUCCCCUCCUAUUUGUACAGUGUUUUCCUCUUUUUCAAUUGUUCUCCUCCAACAUCUUUCUCUAGUCAUAAAGACCGGCAGAUGACUUUAUGACAGACCCUGCCUGUCAGUGUUUGGAUGUUAUGAUUUGGUUAACAAGCCCUCAGAUUUUCAUUCUGUCCUGUGGAACAAAUCCACAGGCUAGCAUUCUGUGCAUUUUUUUUAAUGCUAUGUUUUCGCUAAUUUUCAUUCCAUUUAAAAAUUCAAAGUUUAUUAAGUCAGUGAAUCUAAAUGUUGUAUUUGUUUCAAAACUAUAAUCAUUUGUUUCAGAUCAAUCUAGAGCUGCAUUGCUCUCAUAACUUAGUAUUGCAUUUGGCAGUGUUGCAACUAUAGUUUCCUUUGGACAGACGGAGAAAUUACUUUGAGUACCUGAACGCUGCAGAUGGCCCCAACUAAAGGGGAAAUUCAGUCGAAAGAUAAUGGAGUUUCUGCGCAGCUCCAAUAUGUCUCUGUACCAUAACUUUGCCAACAAAAAUGUUUUCACCAAUGCACAAUGUUAUGACUGUAUCUCAAGUUGUACAAUGUGAAAAUAUCAAAGCUAAAAUUUACCUUUUAAAAAAAAACUAAUGUAACCUUUCAGGGAUUUUUAAUGAUGUAAUUUUAUUAAAUGCACAGGAACCUACAUAUAUUUGCCACUUCGUUUUGUAGAUUCAUGUGGUAGAUUUUUAACAUAUUUUCAGUCUGUUUAAUGUCAGCACACCUGGUCCACUGCCAACUAUUUCUAAGUUAAUCCAUAUUUUUAAUGGUUAGCAAUCUUAGGAAAAGAUAGCUCAAUUUAUAUGACAUUUCUCUUUCCAUUAAUUUGAUGGCGGUGCAAAUUUGCUUAUAGUAAACAAAUUGAAGACUAUUAAAAUAGCAGACAAGGCAAUGCCAUAUGAAUACUUGAGCAUUCAUCUGUUCGUAUUGCAAAGAGCAAUUUCCAGCAUCGUAUUGUUUAAAAUAGUCUAUUGUUAUCGAUGUUAUGAUGUCAAAUUGAGCUAAUUAUGAAGGACUUCAUAUCAUGCUUCGUUUAAAAUAAAGCUCUUUUUAGUUUCAUAAUUUGAAUUCUGACUUGCAAACUGAAAAUGAUGGCUUCACCUUCUGUCGGUUUCUGUAUUAAAUCAGCCUCCUGCGUAUUUCUUCACUCGUGUGAAAAAAAGUGUUUUGUAGGCAAUUCAGGGUACUGUGCAAAAAAAGAAAUCAAAACAUUUUUAACCCAACCAUGGACUUGUUUCAAGAAAGGAAAUCCACCAUGAUUUAAUAUCUUUUUUGAUGUAUUAGUGAGAAGGGAGAACUGGAAUUGUUAUGUUCAUUUGAUAUUUUCAUCCUGAGGAGCCUGAAUCAGCCUGAAGCAAUUUAGGGUUUAAAAAAACUGCACUGUAUCAAGUAAAUAUAACUUCUGUUCAAAAAAUAUCAAUUUUGACUAAUAUAUACACAUAUGUGUGUGCUUAAUUUGGUGGAAGACGUUGUAUUUUCUGUUACCUAACUCUGUGCAAACAUUAAACAUUGGUAUCUUCA